AUGUCUACUAUGUUUAUUUCAAAUUUAAAUAGUUCCAGAUUUCUUCUCACUGGUUUUCCUGGCCUAGAAAGUUACUAUCCCUGGGUCUCCAUGCUUUUCUCCUUGACCUAUGCCAUGGUGUUCCUGGGAAACUGCAUGGUGCUCCACGUGAUCUGGACUGAGCCAAGCCUCCAUGAGCCCAUGUUUUAUUUCCUGGCUAUGCUGGCCUUCACUGAUCUGUCCAUGGGGCUCUCCACGGUGCACACAGUGCUGGGAGUACUGUGGGGGUUUAUUCAAGAGAUCAGCCUGGAUUCCUGCAUUGCUCAGUCCUAUUUCAUCCAUGGUCUGUCCUUCAUGGAGUCCUCUGUCCUCCUGUCUAUGUCUUUUGACCGCUACAUUGCUAUUUGCAACCCUCUACGCUAUUCCUCCAUCCUAACAAAUGAAAAAAUCAUGAAAAUUGGGGUAAUAAUCUUAUGUAGGAGUUUCUUACUCUGUCCUCCAGUCAUCAUCAGCCUUAAGUUCUUAAAAUAUUGUCGUCCUCAUAUUCUCUCUCACUCUUUCUGUUUGCACCAAGAUUUAAUUCAAACAGCUUGUUCAGACAUCCACUUCAAUUACAUUUACGGUCUCGCUCUGGUGAUCAGCACCCUUCUGUUGGAUGCAGUGCUCAUCCUCAUCUCCUAUAUCCUGAUCUUGCACACAGUUUUAGCCAUUGCAUCCAGAGAGGAGAGAUUCAAGUCCUUGCAAACCUGUGUGUCUCACAUCUGUGCUGUUUUGGUGUUCUACAUCCCCAUCAUUGGUCUGACCAUGGUGCAUCGCUUUGGAAAACACCUCUCCCCACUGGUUCAAGUCCUCAUGGGCAACAUCUACAUCCUUUUUCCACCCUUGAUGAACCCCAUCAUUUAUAGUAUCAAGACUAAACAGAUUCAAAGGAGAGUCCAGAGAUUGUUCUUGUUGAAAGGAACCUAA